AUGUCUGCACCAACCAUGUUCACCUCUGGCGCCCCAGUGUCUGUUGGUCUGGAUAUCACCGCCAAGAAUGUUGUCACCCCUCCUGCCCAAGUCGAGCAUAACUCUCAACCAUCCGCCGAGAAGGUCACCCCUGAGCCUGCCCACAAGUCCGGUGAGCGUCACCAUAUGUCGCCGGGUUUGAUCAGCAGCAGAGCAACCGCCAUGAUCAAGGCUCUCGAUGAAUGGAAUGGUUCGUUGGACACUUUCCCUCGUGAGCUCGAAUUUUCGGCCGAGUCCGAGAGAAAGCUCGAGAAGUACGAGGCAAAGAUUGCCCUCCUGAAGCUUGGAUCCGAGAUCAAAAAGACUGUGAAAGCUGCUGCUGAGAAGGCUGCAAUUCUUGCCAAGGCUGAGGAGGAAUCUGCUCAGAUCAUUGCUCAAGCCGAGAUUCUCGCGCAGAAGCUUGCGGACGCGGUUACCUCCCACAACCGCAAUGUUGCCAGCAUCGGAGAGCUUGAGGCACCACCUGUGCCCAUCGCUGGUACAAUGUCGAGCGUCGAGAAGCUCAAGGCUCGCAAGAAGGAGCUGCAGAUCUCAAAGUUGAAGACCGAGCUCCUGGAAACCGAGAUCAAGGUCAUUGAGGCCGAGGUCGCUGUCGAUGAGAAGAAUGCGGAGGCCGAGGUUGCGCUCAAGCAUAUUGAGGAGGUUCGUUUUGCCGCUGGGGAUUUCCAAUUCCAGGGUCUCCGCAUGAAAGAUCAGUACAAGGAAAUGUGUGCGAGCUGGGCUGAGAAGUUCGGAGAUGAUGCGUCAUCAGAGUCUUCGGAGUCGGAUCUGAAUAACAACGGUCACACUGGCAGCGAUUUUGCCACUGACCAAGAGAUUGUGUUUGGUGCACACAAGGAAGAGCUUCUCAACGCCCUGGCACAGAUUGAGACUCUUACGAACACCAAUUGUAUCCUGGAGGCAGCCGCUUUACGCGACGCCGAAAAGAUUGGAGUUCUUCGAGCUCUCGAAGUUGCGCUAAAUGGAAGCAACAAUAAUUCGAUUGCCCGAGCUGCGAGUCUCGAUGAGGAGAUUUCCAUCUUGAAGUCUGCCGCCUUCUUGAACACCAGAAAGAUUGCUGAGCUUGAAGACGAGAAGGCAGCCGAACUUCUACGCGUUGAUUCGCUCACCAAGGAACUCGUUACCUUGAGAUUGACUGCCCAGGCUGCUGCUGCAGAGAUUGAUUCGCUCAAGGAGUCUCAGACAAAUUUGAAGAAAGAUCUCGCCAAUGCUCUUGUCCGUGUUGAGAAGGCUGAGAUUCUCAACAAGGAGUAUGAGGCUCUCAAGUUGAGCUCCAAGGCAGCUUUCGAUGAGAUUCGUUCGCUCAAGGCCGCUGAGGCUAACGCCAAGAUCAUCGAAAAGAAGUCCGAUGCUUUGGCUGAGGCUCAGGCUGCUGAGAUUAUUUCGCUCAAGGCUGCCUUGUUGAAGUUCAGCACUGAUAUCACACCGACCAAGUCUACCACUGAUCCGGAGACUUUGGAGAACAACACCAAGGCUUUGCAGAAGACUGUUGCUAUUCCCACCAUCGCUCGUGCCGGUACCACAGCUGUCGCCAACGCCAACGCUACCACCCCAACCGCCGCCGAGUACCAGAACUUGAAAGACCUGGUCACUGUCAUGAAACCUCUCUUUUCAGUUGGUCGUGAUGUCCGAGUCCGCCACAACAUGGUGCAGCUGCACAACAAGAUGGGCAAGCGAUACUGCGUCGACAAGGCUCGAUUCUCGGCAGGUUACGAAUCUGUCAACAGCGGUAGAGCCGUCGAGGAUGCUACUAUCUACCUGCAAGGCGCAAAGCACUGCGAUCAAGCCAGCGGCUUUGUUGGCAUCUACGGCAUGCCCGCUCAGACUGUGUGGCAACACCGCAACUUCUCGAUCUUCAUCCAUAUCCUCAACAUGGGUGUUGACAUGAAGGUGUACACCCCCGCAUACCGCUACGGCUUCAACAACACGGGCUUCCAGUCCUGCUACCAGAAGGUGAUGGGCAAAGUCUGCCCAUCACCUUCAAAGCUUGCAAUUACCUCGGACGAGGCAUUCAACAUGCACUCGGACUUGGUAUUUGCGUACAACCGCAUGCGCUCUGAGCGCGACGAUGUUUUCCGCGCCCGAGGCGGACACAACAUCGGGAGACUUGAGAAGAAGUUCUUCGAGGCGGCCUGGCACCCCCACGAGGCCAGUGCCGCCUCUAAUGAAGCUACCUCGUAG